AUGCCCGUCUGCAUGAAUAAUCAAAGCCCUGUUCUUCCCCAAAAGCAGGGCAACUUUGAGCUUAGCUCCCGCAGCAUCCCCAAUCCUGGGGUCGGGCAGCUCCUGAUCAAGAUUCAAUCUGCAGCUCUGAACCCAGUUGACUACAAGAUCCAGGACACAGAGGUGGUUGCGAUCCAAUACCCUGCCGUCCUGGGAACGGAUAUUGCCGGGACUGUCGAGGAACUAGGGGAAGGUGUCGAGAACUUCCGCAAAGGCGAUAGAGUGUCAGACAAUUCUUUGCCCGUAGUGGCGCAUGGCAAGUUCACCAAUGACUUUACUGCAUUUCAGCAGUAUACUUUGACCGCUACGAGCUUUACAGCAAAUAUUCCCGCAAGCGAGUCCUUCGAUAGCGCAGCCACUAUUCCUGUGGGUUUAGAUACUGCGCUGGUGGGCUUGUAUGGAAAACAUUAUGGUGCCGGUGUAACCCCUCCUUGGACGGAAAAUGACAGUGGUCAUGAAUCAAAGAAACCAAUUGUCAUCCUCGGUGGUUCUUCCUCUGGGUUCAUACGUAUUGCAGCUAUCCAACUCGCUCGUCUGUCCGGAUUCUAUCCUAUCAUCACUACAGCCUCUGCAAGCAAUGAAGAGCUUGUCAAGGGCUACGGCGCAACACAUUUCUUUGAUCGCAGCCUUUCUGGAAAACAAUUACUGGCGGCCAUCAGCGAAGUUACUGACGACCCUAUCAAACUUGUUUAUGACGCCAUCUCGUUGCCAGAAACACAGUCCGUUGGAUGGGAAUUGCUUGCAGAUAAUGGCACGCUCAUAUUAACGCUUUAUGCGAAACCGAGCAAAUAUGAAGUCCUCCCAAAUGGGCUUGAAGGUAUUAUUGGAGGGCUGGAAAGGUUAAGAUUGGGACAGGUGUCUGGAACGAAGUUGGUUGCUCACCCUCAGGAAACACAGUAA